AUGGUCUCAAUUUAGAAAAGUAAUAACAAACUAAGCUUUAAACAUAAUGCUUGGUAAAUCUUAGAUUAAAUAAGCUUAUAAAAAUUUAUAAAAGAAAUUUAUUAUAGUGCUACCUCCUUUAAAGAGAUCAGUAUAAGCUUGGAUGGUGAUAACAUUAGAGAUAAAUCUGUUUUAAUCAGUUUAAUAAACUAGAUAAAGUUAUUUACUACUGCUUAAAGCCUUGAAAUUAAUUUCGGCUAUUUAAAUAUAUUAGAAAUUGAUGUCCUUAAAGCGCUUUUUAAAAAUAUUUUGGAAUUGAAGUAAUUAAAUAAGCUUUCUCUAGUCUUUGAUACAUAAGUUGUUGGCAUAAGUAAAUUAGAAGAAUAUUAAUUAAUAUCUUUGCUUUAUAACGAAAUACCUCAAUUAGAUAUUUUAGAAUUAAAAUUAUGGAAAGAUACUCUAAUCGAUUUUGGAGAUUCUAAUAAUUUCGUAUCUUUAUUUCUUUAGUAGACAUAAAUAAAAACUUUAAAAUUAGAACUAAAAGAUAAUAACUUAAAUAAUACUUUUAUGGAUAAUAUAACAAAAGACUUAGGUAAAUUAAUCUAAUUAAAGUAAUUAGAUCUAUCUCUAAAAGAUAGCGAGAGUGCAAUUGACCUUACAUCAAUUAUUUAGAAUUUAUUUUUGUUGAAUUUAGAAUCUCUUUUUUUAACAGUAGAAGGGUGUUAGAUUGACGAAAUUUGCCUAAUAAAUAAUAAAUCAUAAAAUUAAAGGCUUAGAAAACUUUUAAAUAGAGAGGCAAACAUGCAGUGA